AGAGCUAUAAAUCCAGAGAUACCAAAUGCAUCACUCUGGCACAGCACUCUCCCCGCGGUGUAUGUAGCCCGAGAGAUACAAGAGAUCGCGCUUGCCUGAUUAGCCGGACACUUUGGAGGGGGAGGGGCUGCAUGGGCCGAUCAGCUGUUUUAGAAGUCAGAAGAUCAAUUCAUAUUUCAACAGAAGGCUUUAUUUUACGCAAUCUCUCGAUACACACAAGUCUUGCUGAAUGAAAAUGAUUUUGAUCGUAAUGGGAGUGAGUGGAAGUGGAAAGUCAACAGUUGGGCAAAUGCUAGGAGGAAAGCUUCAGUGGUCCUUUGAAGAUGGAGAUGAUUAUCACCCACCAAGUAACAAAACAAAGAUGUCUUCUGGCAUUCCUCUUGAUGAUACAGAUAGGCACACGUGGGACAGUAUUAAUGGUUUAAUCACAAUACUUGCCAUUCAUCUUUACAGAUGGCAGAAAAGCAAUCAGCAUGGCAUCAUCGUGUGCUCAGCACUGAAGCGCAAAUACAGACAGGUAUUGUUGUUUGGAGCAAAGGCUAACUACUCUGAUACUAAUACUGAAGUGAGCUUGUCAUCUGAUUUGAAAAACAAACAUACUCAAGAUAUAGGAACAGAUUCUAAAUCACACAUUGAGUUUGAACAAUUGCUAACAAGUACAGAGGAUCGUCACCCCUACCAAAGUAUGUCCACACCAACAUCAUGCAUCGAAGAUGUUCCUUCAACAUCGCCCAGUCAACGGGAGGAACAUCAUCUCGUCCAUAACGAGGACUCCUGCAGUCCCACAGGCCAGGAACAACACCUAGUCUUAUUCAUCCAUCUCAGUGGAACCAUGGAACUCAUCUCAUCUCGACUUGGUCAGAGGAAGGGACAUUUCUUUAACCCUGGGCUCCUUCAUUCUCAGUUUGAUACCCUCGAGGAACUAGGUUCAGAUGAAGGUGGUCUGGUGGUGGAAGUCAGCAAGUCGUUGGAUUCAGUGGUCUCACAGAUAGAGACUCAUGUUCGUUCACUUUUAUCUAUGCCAAAUUCAUAGUUGACAGCAGGGGCUCAUUCCAUGAAGAAUAAUGAUCAUAUCUUUGCCAUUGUCUACCAUAAAACAAACCUGGACUUGGCACCUGUAAAUUAUGUGAUCAUGGCUAUGAUGGUGGUGCAAGAAAAUCCUGUUAUUCCCAACAAAAGUGCAUCAGCUUUGUAUCUCAAAUUCUUUGAAAGUCACUCUGCUAUAUUAUGGAGAUAUUCAGUUAAGAGUUGUUUUACAAUCAGGGUAUAUUAUUAUUGAAAAAAGAGAAAAAUGCAGCAAUUGUCAAUAUGGGUUUGAACCCCAAUAAAAAAUGAUAAGUGGGUGACCUCAUGCACAAAUUUUAAAAGAAAAUAUAUUGUGAUUGUUUACAAGGUACACACACCCACACAAAAGAAAUUGAGAAAAAAACAGAAUGAUUUCUUGUUUCAAAUGAGACAGUUGGGUUUAACCUGAUUGUAAAACAGCCCUCAAGUAAAGCUCUGUCCUUUAAGUAGCUUGAAUUAAAUAUAGCCAAAACAGUGCUCUAAAUGAUAUUACAAUUGGUGCUCCAUUAUUCCUCCAUAUAUAUUAUUUUAACAAAAGUAUUACUUUUCAGAUGUAUGUAAAUGAUGCUCAAGACAUAGUGCAAUUAAUAUAAUAUCCUGCAAUCGAGUAUUUUAUUCACAUUAUAUAAUUCUUUCCUGUAAAAAAUAAUGAUUUUCUUUACAAAUUCAAACUACCAGUUUACUCCAGCCAGAAUUAUGAGUUUAUAAGAGGUAGUCCUUAAUUUCUUCGUUAUAAAAAAGUAAUCAUUACGUCUUACCCCCGUUUGGGAACGGACCGCAGUUCGGAUUGCAAACUGCGGUAUUUCACCCCAUUUUGCGUUUGAAAAUCUAAAACAUCAUUUCCAAGCCCUGGGGGUCGUUUCAUAAAGCUGUUCAUAAGUUAAGAGCGACUUUAACAACGACUGGUGAUCAUCGCCAAUUGUACCAUUUACCGCAAGACAUGAUCACCAGUCGCUCUUAACUUACGAACAGCUUUAUGAAACACCCGCCUGAUCAACCCCGCUUGGCCAGGUAAUCCCCACAGGCCAGAUUAUGAGCGUUGAGCCAAGGACGAAAUGAUAACAACAGCUGUGCUAUUACGUAAGUCUUCUCUGCCUGUGGAAGGACCUUCGGAAUUAAAUUAUUGUAUUCGAUAUUUAAUCACGUUUUCAAAGGCAUAUUGUAUUCAGAAAUUCAAUGCUAGCCCAUUUUCAAUUUCGAACAAAGAAAAUCAACCUCGAAAUAAGGAAAGUAAGUGAAUAAAAAAUGGCGACAUGUUUUCCCGGACCGCACUCGGGCUGUUGUGUUAUCUUCGGACCGAGGUCAAGAAACAGGUGUUUUGAUACUUACAUUGCAUGCCUGGGGCAGUAGGGUUUUCGUACUUGGAGAAGAGGGGUAUAGUGUUAUCAAACGGAGCUCUUUCGUCAUGAAUAUUCAAUAUUAUUGAUUUUCCAUUUUUUAUAUAAUGAUACAUGUAUGUCGUGUUUUUAAGCAUAGAUUUUUACAAUUACCAAGUCACAUUUCUACUGGAAAUCACAUGAGAAAUAAAUGUUAUAUUUACCACAA